AGGCUUGUUCAUCGAGAGUCGACGAAGAGCUAAAUGCCCAGAAUUCAGAAACACUUUGGAUCUUCUUUGUUCAAAAGUCAACCUCAUAAAGAGAAGGACAGUUCAUUCAUUAGUAAAUCAUUCCACCAUUUUCAACCCCAAAUAAUUAAAAAGUACCCCAAAAAUUAAACAGGAUUACAGAAAUCUGAGUAAGACAGGGCAACAACUCUCCUAUCCAAUCCAACAACAUUUCAAUUAUUUUUCGUUUAAUAUUUUGACAGAUUCGUCUUUCUUACCCAAAACCCACAAAAAUUUAAUACUCCAAAAUCACAAUCAUCCAAAUUCGGUCAAUUCUUUAUUCAACUAACUUGCAUGUCUUAUUCAUAAUUCCAAUUUCAAUUUUUUUUUUUACAUUUUCCAAAUAAAAUAGACCAUGAUAAGCAGAUCUCUGAAUCAAUUCUCAAGACCUGAAUUAGAAGGUCUUUAAUGGAGAAAUUGGUGAUCUGGGUGGUGAUUACUCUUUUGAGUUUUUGCUCAAUUGGGUAUUCAGAAGAACACACAGUUGGGGAAGCUCCAUGGAGGAUGCACACAUUGUUUUCGACAGAAUGCAACAAUUACUUCGAUUGGCAAACAGUUGGGAUUAUGCACAGUUAUCGGAAAUCGGGUCAUCCGGGUCCGAUUACCCGGCUUCUAAGCUGUACGGAGGAGGAGAAGAGUCGCUAUCAGGGAUUCGACUUGGCUCCGACUAUGGAGGUCCCUUCUAUGAGCAGACACCCAAGAACUGGUGACUGGUACCCAGCUAUUAAUAAGCCUGCUGGAGUUUUGCAUUGGCUGCAGCACAGUGAGGAUGCCAAGAAUGUUGAUUGGGUUGUAAUCUUAGACGCUGACAUGAUCAUCAGAGGUCCAAUAGUACCUUGGGUAUUAGGUGCUGAGAAAGGCAGGCCUGUUUCUCAAUACUAUGGGUAUUUAAUUGGAUGUGACAAUAUCCUGUCAAAAUUACAUACAACGCAUCCUGAGCUAUGUGACAAGGUUGGGGGAUUGCUGGUUUUCCAUAUUGAUGAUCUCAGAGCCAUGGCUCCAUUUUGGCUCUCUAAAACUGAAGAAGUGCGAGAAGACAAGGCUCAUUGGGCGACAAAUAUAACUGGUGACAUAUAUGGAACUGGCUGGAUCAGUGAAAUGUAUGGAUAUUCAUUUGCUGCAGCAGAAGUCGGACUUCAUCAUAAAGUUACUGAUGACCUGAUGAUCUAUCCUGGCUAUGAUCCAAGAGAGGGUGUUGAGCCAAUUCUUAUGCAUUAUGGCCUACCGUUUACAGUUGGGAAUUGGUCUUUCACUAAACUAGAUCACCAUGAAGAUGGAAUUGUUUAUGACUGUGGACGGCUGUUUCCAGAACCUCCUUAUCCAAGAGAGGUGCAGAUUAUUGAAACUCAUCCAGGCAAAAGACGAGGCCUAAUGCUGAGCAUAGAGUGUAUGAAUACCCUAAAUGAAGCCCUUCUGCUUCAUCACAUAGCAAGAGGAUGCCCUAAACCAAAAUGGACACGAUAUUUGAGUUUCCUGAAGAGCAGAACAUUUGCAGAGCUAACUCUUCCGAAAAAGCCUGGCGACAUUCGCUGGAUUGAAAAGGCUAUUGAGGAGGAGAAGAUGGUUGGUGAAUCUGGAAAACCAUAUCCGAAAAUCCACACUCUCUUUUCUACAGAAUGCACCCCUUAUUUUGAUUGGCAGACUGUAGGCUUUAUGCACAGUUUUCGUUUGAGUGGUCAGCCAGGCAAUAUCACUCGGCUUCUCAGCUGUACAGAUGAAGAUCUUAAGAAUUACAAGGGCCACGAUUUAGCUCCAACUCAUUACGUUCCUUCCAUGAGCGUACAUCCUCUGACGGGUGAUCGGUAUCCAGCAAUUAAUAAACCAGCUGCAGUUGUUCACUGGAUAAAUCAUGCACAGAUAGAUGCAGAAUAUAUUGUUAUUUUGGAUGCUGAUAUGAUUAUGAGAGGUGAAAUUACACCAUGGGAGUUCAAAGCAGCCCGUGGGCGUCCAGUUUCAGCACCAUAUGGCUACCUGAUUGGCUGUGACAAUAUACUGGCAAAGCUCCAUACACGCAAUCCUGAAGCUUGUGAUAAGGUUGGAGGUGUCAUAAUCAUGCACAUAGAAGAUCUCCGGAAAUUUGCUAUGUAUUGGCUGCUUAAAACUCAGGAGGUUCGGGCAGAUACUGAGCAUUACUCCACAAAUAUCACUGGAGAUAUCUAUGAAUCUGGAUGGAUCAGUGAGAUGUAUGGUUACAGUUUUGGGGCAGCAGAGUUAAAUUUACGGCAUAGAAUAGAUGGCUCAAUAAUGAUGUAUCCAGGAUAUGUUCCCCAACCUGGUGUCAAUUACAGGGUUUUCCACUAUGGAUUGGUAUUUACGGUUGGAGAUUGGAGCUUUGACAAGUCAAAAUGGAGAGACGUUGACUUAGUAAACAAAUGUUGGGCUAAGUUUCCUGACCCUCCUGACCCGUCAACUCUCGAUAGAACUAACGAGGAUGCAUACCACCGAGAUUUGCUCAGCAUAGAAUGCGGAAGAACAUUGAAUGAUGCUCUUUAUCUUCAUCAUAAGCGAAGAAAUUGCCGUGAUCCCCUCACACUAACCACAUUAGACCAGGAAGUUGUGAACAAGAUUGUUGAAAGUGAUGCCACAAGAAAUAAUUCUAAUGAAAUUAGUGAUUUUCUGGAAUCAUCAUUGAUACCUCCUCCAUCAGAACAGUUAUUUAGCUCCUUCAGGAUUUGGAUGGUUGCUUUAUGGGCCGCCUCGUUCUUAGGUUUUCUGGCAUUAAUGGCUAAAGUAUGUGCGGGUGGUAAAAAACGGCAAAAAAAGGGUAAGAAUUACAAAAGCAAGAAAAGAUCAUCAUACUCGGGGUUGUUUGAUCUGAAUGGGAGAAAUACUGAUUUAGCUGAUAAACUGUGAACAUCAUUCUGAUACAAAAAUGGCAAUUUUCUGAAGUCAUUCCUAUACAGCUUUGUUUUAAACUGAAGAUGUACCUGAUGUGAAUCUGAAAUAUCCUUAUACGUAAAAUUUUACUUGUAGUUUACUUAUUGGAUUUUCAAAAUCGAAAUACAGGUUCUUUUUGGUAGUGUUACUAACAGUGACAUUUAUACUCUAGUUUAGGACUUCAGCAACCAAAUUGUUGUAGCAGGAAAAGAUAGACAGAACUACAGAAGGAUAAAGUAUUACUGUUUCACAGAAAUAUCUUAUGUUUAUGGGUAA